AUGAGGCUUCGCUUCUGGUUCCUUCUGGCCGUGGUCUUGAGCAUGGAGCUAGAGCAGGAACCUGCACUCCUCUUCCCCAGGAGAUCCACCUCUGCUCCAUCCAGCCCUUGGUGCUCUGGGCUGGAACACAGAGCAACUGGUUCCAAUAUGAUCACUGUCUCACACAGUGCUGUAACACAGGGACUGAAAUGCCACCUGUGCAAGGGAUUUGGAGGAUGCUCCCACCAGUCUCACUGCCCAUCGAGGUCCACCCACUGUGUCACCAUUGCCACCCGGUCUCCCAUCAGCUUUAAAGACCUGCCUCUGGUGGAGAAGAUGUGCUACAAUCGCUGUCCUGAUGUCCCCAGCUUGGGCUUAGGUCCUCAUGUAUCCAUCGCUUGCUGCCAGUCCGAUCUCUGCAACAGGGACUGA